AUGGCUACGUUACUGGCGCGCUGCGUUCGCUUUAUUUUCGCAUUGGCUUGCGGCGCGGCCAUUUUUGCCUACAGUACGCCGGAGACCAGUUCUCGCCUUGCGCCGCCGCCACCGCCAACACAAACCUCGUUCAGUUCCAGGACUGGAAAAUUUCUCUUCGAUCUGCUCCCGACAUGCAGCAACGAUACUAAAACGGCAGCCGUGGCCGAUGAGGGCCAAUUCCCACCGGAUGCGUUCUCGUUGGAAACCCGUCAACGCGGUGCAGUCCUACUCCACCUAUGUGGUCUGAUCUACAUGUUUGUUUCGCUGGCAAUUGUUUGUGACGAGUUUUUCGUGCCAUCGCUAGCUGUUCUAACCGAAAAACUUGCGAUCUCGGACGAUGUCGCUGGUGCGACAUUCAUGGCUGCAGGAGGAUCAGCACCCGAAUUCUUUACCUCUGUUAUUGGAGUGUUUAUCGCUGAAAACAAUGUUGGUAUUGGAACAAUCGUAGGCAGUGCCACCUUCAAUAUUCUUUGUGUGCUCGCAUGUUGUACAUUAUUCUCAACCACAGUGCUACAACUGACUUGGUGGCCAUUAUUUAGAGAUGUGUCUAUUUAUAUCCUAGCCUUACUCAUGCUUGUCAUAUUUUUCUUAGACGAAAAGAUCACUUGGCCAGAGGCACUGUCAUUAUUUAUUGUCUAUCUUCUCUAUUGUACAAUAAUGAAAUUUAAUGUGUUCUUGGAAGAAUGGGUCAAAACUAAGCUGCUCGGUGAAAAACUCGAAGAUGAACUGCCAGAGCCAAUCAUACUUGAUAUGAAGCACGUGAACGGGAAUAACAAUAACCAAGUGGAGUACAAAGAUCUCGAUGACGAAAGGAGAAUGUCGCUGUCUCGGAGGCAUUCAUCACUCAGUCGGCGGCAAUCCAUACCAAUCUUACAUUCUGGUACGAUGUUCCGUACAGGAAUCAUGCAACUCAUGAAUCAUACACUCGAGGAGCUACCGGAAGCAAGAAGUGAAGAAGACGAAUCAUCCAGACGAUCACCAUCCGUGGCCGAGCUUGCUUCACCGAAAUCGGAACUCACCGCACCAAAGCCCGAAGAACCUCGGCGAUCUUCCCAAAUUGAAGAGAUUAAGUCCAUACUCGAAGAAGAAGAGGACGAACCCCUAAAUAUGGAAUGGCCUGAUCGUUUCAUGAAACGAGUCACUUACGUUUGCCUUGCACCUGUGCUAAUUCCUAUGUGGGUCACGAUACCCGAUGUACGUCGACCGGAAAGUCGAGCCUGGUAUCCGGUAACGUUUGUGAACUCGAUUCUGUGGAUUGCAUUCUUCUCGUAUUUGAUGGUGUGGUGGGCAAAUACCAUUGGAGAAACUCUAGGCAUACCUACUGAGGUGAUCGGACUAACGAUACUAGCGGCCGGUACGAGUAUUCCAGAUCUCAUCACUAGCGUGAUCGUGGCACGCAAAGGCCUAGGAGACAUGGCUGUAUCGAGCUCAGUUGGAAGUAACAUAUUUGAUGUUUGCGUGGGGUUGCCAAUCCCAUGGUUAUUAUAUUUCAUCUAUGAGCUCAUUCGGAAUCCAGGCAAUCCGGCUCAGUUCAUUUCUGUGAGCAGCAAAGGUCUCUUAUGCUCGGUUGGGAUGUUGUUCAUUAUGCUGGUUGUGCUAGUAUUUUCAACGUUCAUUUCACGAUGGCAAAUGAACAAAGCGUUUGGUGUGAUUAUGAUCGUCUCCUACAUCGGAUUCUGCCUCUUUUCCGUUGCCCUCGAAACUGAUCGUAUCACAUGCCCUCUUAACCUCUGUCAGUUUUAAGCCAGGUAUUUAUUGUUAGAAUUAUUCAUUACUCUUGAUAGUGAAUGCAAAAGCUUAUUUUGUGUAGUUCUUUGCAAAGUAAAAAUGAACGGCACUUUUGCAUGCUACAGUAUGCUACCGUAAUCCAUAAUGCGC